CCUCCUCCUUGACCUCCUCCUCCCCCUCCAGUCCUCUUCUUCCUCUCCUUGUCUCGUCUCAGAUCAGAUCUCUCCAUGAUGUCUACGAGGAGGUGUUCCCAGGACGACGACUGCUCCUCUCUCCUCUCCCGGCUGGGUUCAGACUCUCCUCGUUCUCGGAUGAAGUAUGGAGGGAUGUUCUGUAGCGUCGAAGGAGCUUUCGAGAACAAAACUCUGGACUUCGAGUCGUUCAGUCCGCAGACGCAGCGUCGCCGAGCCGCUCGAACCCAAACCCAGGAGCCUGAUGGACGAGGAGGAGUAGGAGGAGGAAGAGGAGGACAGACAGUGGUGUUUCCCUCUGGACACACCCGGGAAAACUACGGCAAGAGAGAGGGCGACCGUCUGAUUAUCAAAGGAGGAAAGAUAGUCAAUGACGACCAGUCGUUCUACGCUGACGUCUACGUAGAGGAUGGGACCAUCAGACAGAUUGGGGAGAACCUGAUCGUCCCGACCGGCGUGAAGACGGUGGAUGCGUACGGUCAGCUGGUGAUCCCCGGAGGAGUCGAUGCCAACACCAACCUGAACGCUCCGCAAAGAGGCAUGAACCCGGCCGACGACUUCUACCAGGGAACCAGAGCUGCCUUGUCCGGAGGAACCACCACCAUCAUGGACCAUGUGCUGGUGGAGCCGGGGGCUAGUUUAUUGACAGCGUUCGAUCAGUGGAGGGAGACGGCGGAGCAGAGGGUGUGCUGCGACUUCUCCCUACACCUGGACAUCACUCGCUGGCAUGAAGGACUGUGCGAGGAGUUGGAGACGCUCAUCAAAGAUCAAGGUGUGAACUCCGUCCUUUUCUUCAUGGCUUACAAAGACAAAUACCAGAGCUCCGACUCUCAGCUCUAUGAGGCAUUUGGGGUCCUCCGGGAUCUUGGGGCCAUCGCACAGGUCCACGCUGAGAAUGGUGACAUCAUUGAUGAGGAACAGAAGAAACUUCUCUUUCUCGGCAUCACUGGACCUGAAGGACACAUUUUAUCACACCCUGAGGAGGUGGAGACUGAAGCUGUGUAUCGAGCUGUCACCAUCGCUAAACAGGCCAACUGUCCGCUAUAUGUUACCAAGGUGAUGAGCAAAUCUGCUGCUGAUGUCAUCGCUAAAGCCAGGAAGAAAGGUAUCGUGGUGUAUGGGGAGCCAAUCACUGCCAGCCUGGCCACUGACGGUUCUCAUUAUUGGUCAAAAGACUGGGCCACAGCUGCUGCCUUUGUCAUGAGCCCGCCUCUCAACCAGGAUCCUUCAACUCCACAGUACCUGAUAUCCCUGUUAGCAUCUGGAGACCUCCAGGUGACGUCCAGCGCUCAGGCGAGCUUCUCCACAGCUCAGAAAGCAGUCGGUAAAGAUGACUUCACUCUGAUCCCAGAAGGAACCAAUGGAAUUGAGGAGAGGAUGUCUGUGGUGUGGGAUAGAGCUGUGUCCACGGGGAAGAUGGAUGAGAACGAGUUUGUCGCAGUAACGAGCACCAACGCUGCUAAACUCUUCAACAUUUACCCACGCAAAGGCAGGAUCGCUGUAGGAUCGGAUGCUGACAUCGUCAUUUGGAAUCCAAAGGAGACACGAACUGUUUCUGCAAAGACUCAUAACCUGACGGUGGAGGUGAACAUCCUGGAGGGUUUGGAGUUUCAAGGCGUGGCGUCAGUGGUGAUCAGCGGCGGUCGAGUCGUUCUGGAGGACGGAAAACUCAACGUGACGAAAGGUUCAGGACGCUUCAUUCCCAGAAAGGCUUUCCCAGACACCGUCUACAAGAGGAUCCGAGCCCGCAGCAAGAUGGCUGAGGCUCGCGGUGUCCCCCGUGGAAACUACGAUGGUCCGGUUCAUGAUGUCAUGAGCAUGACUAAAUUGGUCCCACCCACUCCGACCACCAGGGGGCCCACCUGUCCGAAAACCCAGGCCAGCCUCCGAAACCUCCACCAAUCAGGAUUCACCCUGGCAGGAACUCAGAUUGAUGACCACAUACCUCGUCGCUCUGCUCAGAAGAUUGUGGCGCCGCCUGGUGGUCGAUCCAACAUUACAUCCUUAUCUUAAAACAAGUAGAAACAAGCUGUCACGUUGAGUUCAUCCAACAAAACACUGCAGUUUUUCCUUCACUACUUGAUACAGCGGAACACUUAGAGAUCCUAUAACAGUAGAACUUGAGCUAGCACUAAGCCCUACAACGACCUUACAACUAGUACUACACCCUAUAACAAUAGUAUUUCAACUACUGAACCCAACAGCUAGUAUUGAAUAGUUUAAAAUCAGUACUAAACAGUAACAGUAACUAGCAAUACUAAAUCCUACAAUAAUGGUGCAUUGACUGGUACUUAACCCUAUAACUCAACAAUUAGUUAUAUAUACCCGAAAACUAGUACUAGAUAUUUCAAUACUUGUACUUCUAAUAGAACCAAACUCUUCGACAACCAUCCAACUAAUGCUAAAUUCUGAGACAAAGGUACUUCAACUAAUUCAACUCAGUACCAAUCCCUAGUAGUAAACAGUAGUAAAACUCUAAAAAUACUACACCCUGCUUACCCUGCCCUACAAAACAAUGGUACGACAACCAUACAAGUACAACAAUCUUGCAAGUACCAAACCCUACAAUAGCUUUUACUUGAACUAGUACUGAAUGUUACAGUGACGAUAACACAACACUCCAAAAAGUACUUCUACCAGCUAGCACUUAAGUGCUUCAGCUUUACAACCUAAAACUAAUACUAAAGCCUGAAAUAAUGGUAUUUGAAAUUGCACAAUGCCUGCAACAGUGGUACUACAACACUGUAAAUACUAUAAGUCCUACAAUAACUACACAACUAGUAGAAAACCCAAUAACAAUAGUACUUCAAAUAACACUAAACCAUUUACCUUACAGCUAGUAGUAAACACUAAAACUGUACAACUAGCGCUAAAUCCUACAACAAUGGUACUACAACUCUACAAAUACUACUUCAAUGUUACGAAUCCUACAACUAUUGUACAACUAGUACUUGAUGUUACAAAAGUGGGACUACAAACCAUAACUAGUACUAACUCCCAUAACAAUGUUACUGCACUACAAACACCACAAAACAAUACAACUAUUUACUAAAUCCUACACUUAUUGUACUUCAACAGAAGUAUUAAUUAAUGUUACAAUGAUGGUACUACAACCCAACAUCUAGUGCUAAAUCCUACAGCAAUGGUACUUUAACUGGUUUUAGCCUCACACGUGUACUCAACAUCAUUCCAUCUCAUCUGUCCUAAAACUUCGUGUUCUCUUUGUCUCUCAGUGCUGUCUGAUAAAGACACUACUGGUAGUAGUAGUAGUCGUAGUAGUAUCCCUUUCGUGCUCUUUCAUUAACAGUACAGACGCGAUCACAUGACUUCAUCAUCAGACAUCUGAAGACAACAUAUUGGAUAUUAAAUUACCUCUAGUAGAGCUUUCUUUCUUAUAACUGUGACUUGUUGUUCUCAGAUGUUUUUUUAUUAUCAGCCGGCUUCAUCAAGAAAUGUCUUCCAUUCUUUCCGUAAAUAAUAUAAUAAUAUUAAUCUGUAUUGGUCUGUUGUAAAUUCAGUCUGUGGUAGAUUUACAUUUUCAGUCCUGGUGAGGACUGGUCCGUUUUAUUCUGGACUGAUUGAGCUGGAACGCAGGGAUAGUCCAGUCUGGACCAACUCAUUAUGUUUGUACUUUUAAUUGACUGAUUAAGUAUAUUUUAGUUACUGAUGAAGUUAAUUACUUUUAGACUUUUAGUCAACUUCCAAACAUCAACUGACAAUAAGUGGUGCUAAUAAAUCCAGUAGUAGCCUUCAAAUAGCAAUCCCGUCAAUACUACGCCCCCUACAGGAUGUAAACUAAUGACUCUGCCACCCACAAAUAUCUAAAACAGACUAACAUCCCCAAAAACAAACAGCUGCUCUGACCAGCGACGUACUUUAAGAACUGGACUCCAAAAUGCUGUCCUCUGCUUUCUCCUGUUGGCCCUGCCCACACAUUGAUAAACUGAGCAACCGAGUACCUUCAACAACCUCAGCCCUGCCACAAAAAUAGACGGCAGCCACACCUGUUUAAGUCUAAAGCAUGACCCAAAUAUUCUGAUCUUUAAACUGACCUUUUAGUUUAAAGCACAGUGACUGGUAGCUUGCAAACAAUGCCUGCUAUCAGUGUAUCACUCCAUAAACAUGGUUUACCAAUCCAUAAACUACAUUUAUCAAUCCGUAAACUCUGUUAACCAAUCUACACGCUAGGUUUACCAAUCCAUAUUCUCAGUUUACCAAUCCAUAAACUUGCUUUGUAUGAUGGAGGUUUCUGACUUGACGAAACCACAUCUGUAAAUCCACCCAUGGUCUGACUCAGUAUGAGGGCAGCCUAUGAUGUCACAGCUGCAGACACCCUCCCCCUUUUUACUGUAUGACCUCUGAUGUCCUCUGAUGUCCUUUUUAACAGUGCAUUUGAAUUGUAAAGCCUUCAUUUGAUACCAUGAUCAUUUUGUAUUUUUUACAGUUUUUCUAACCUGGAAGUGUUAGCAUCAGUGAUUGUAGUGCUCACACACAGUUCAGCCACAGUGCAGCCCACGUCAGCCAUGUUGGUGCCAAGUUGUUGCUAUAGUAACAUAUUGUUAGAUCUAACAUGGCGUCCUUAAUAAACACUGUAACACAGACUCAGAUCCAACAUGGCGUCCUUAUUAAACACUGUAACACAGACUCAGAUCCAACAUGGCGUCCGUGUACCUGCAGACUGAACUGUUUCUGUAGCAGCCGGUUGUUUGUCCUCACAGAUACACUGAAGCCAACAUGGCAGUUUGUAAGUCAAGAAGAUGCGGCGACGGUGCAUCUGUUGUUGUUGUUGUUCCUGUGGAGAAAAUAAAACUACUUCAAGAUACGAGAGCUGCAUGAAUAAACUGUGAAGAGAAACCCAGCAGAGUGAGAUGUCAGUUUUUUUUACAUCACUGAUGUUUUACAGGUUUAAUGUUCACCAUCUCAGGUUAGCAUGUUAGCAUGUUGCUAAGUGUUUGUCAUGAUAACAUAUUGACCGGAUGAUGCUGCUUGAUGAAAAGUGUGAGGAUCACCAGAGUAUUUAUAAUUCAUCCUGAAGGGAUCUAAAUGAACCACAUUUCAUGACAAUAAAAUAGUAAAAAACAGACCUCAUGGUGGCGCUGCAGGAAACUCAGGAUCAUUGAAGUCAAUAAGAGACUUUGGGAAUCAUGAAUGUACAAAAGCAGAUGUUCUGAGAUAUUUCACUCAUAAACCCAACCAUGUUUUUAUGUCUUACAAUAAUAUCUGUACUCAGAUUAUACAGGAUGUGGAGUUCUAAUAAAAUGUAUAUCUAAAGUCUGAACAGAAGAUGUGGGACUGUUCAAAGUUACUGUACAUUGUAAAAGUAGAACA